AUGAAAUCUCAUCCUGAAGAGGCCCAUUAUUAUCAAGAAAGCGUGAAUAAAGAACGUCACACGGAAUCUAAAGUCUCUGCGGACGAAACUUCAGAGGAUGUCACUAUGUCCCAGGAUGAGAAGAGGGAGCAGAAUAAGCAAAAUAAAACUCAAACCCAAGCUGCAGAAAGCGAUGAGGGUCAUACUGAUGAAAAAUAUGACUUGAUUCAAAUUGAGAAGCAUGGCAUUACUGUCAGAAUUUCCAAAUAUGAAAUCUACAGUGCAAAGGACAUCACUGUGGAAGUGAUUGAAGAGGUCCCACCUGAGCUAAAGCUGAAUGAAACAGAAGCCAUCAUCUCGGUUGGAUUGAAGAUGUCGCCUUCUGACGCAAUCUUUGACAGUCCUGUAAGAGUAACAAUGCCCCACUGUGGUGCAUUUACAAAGCCUACUGAUGCAGAAGUUUACAUCUAUUAUCGCAAGAACGAUUCUACAAAGUUUACAGCAAUUCUAUCCACCAGCACGAGUAUCCCAAAAUGUGUUGUGAGAGAUCGCGAUCUAGAUAUCUACCUGGAACACUUCUCAGAAUUCUGGAUUACUGCUACAAUAAGAAAGAUAUUUAUUGGGAAAGUCGUUAUUUGUACACCAAUCAUUCCUGUACCAGCACCUAGAAAUCUCAUGCCCGUUGUGUGGGUCAAUGUCAGGGACCAAAACAAUGCAGAAGGACAGAUUCCCAAAGAAUAUAAGGCCCCGAUUCCUGAGGAGCAGUUCUUAUUCAGGUGGAGGUCCGGGGGAUUGAAGAUUUCUUGCAAAGAAAGCACCUUGAAAGACGAGCCUCAGAUUCUCCAGGAAAGAGAAUUUCGUCACCUAAGUAAGCACAAAAAAAUGUUCGAGGUGGAUACACAAAACAUUACUGAGAAUGCAGUCAAUCUACACAUCACCCUACAACAGAAUACAACGAAGAAUACGCUCAUCGUUCCAAUGUCGUUAAAAGCUACGGUGAUAUCAGAGGGAGGAGCUUGUUCACCAUCAACGAUAGCGACAUCAUCCUCAUCGGCUGGCAAUCAUCCUGCAGAAGUCAUACAUUCUGGUUCUACCUCUGAAACAAGAAUGAAAUCUCCUGAAGAGGCCCAUUGUUAUCAAGAGAGCGUGAAUAAAGAACGUCACAAGGAAUCUGAAGUCUCUGCGGACGAAACUUCAGAGGAUGUCACUAUGUCCCAGGAUGAGAAGAGGGAGCAGAAUAAGCAAAAUAAAACUCAAACCCAAGCUGCAGAAAGCGAUGAGGGUCAUACUGAUGAAGAAUAUGACUUGAUUCAAAUUGAGAAGCAUGGCAUUACUGUCAGAAUUUCCAAAUAUGAAAUCUACAGUGCAAAGGACAUCACUGUGGAAGUGAUUGAAGAGGUCCCACCUGAGAUAAAGCUGAAGGAGACAGAAGCCAUCAUUUCGGUUGGAUUGAAGAUGUCGCCUUCGGACGCAGUGUUUGACAGUCCUGUAAGAGUAACAAUGCCCCACUGCGGUGGAUUUACAAAGCCUACUGAUGCAGAGGUUUACAUCUAUUAUCGCAAGAACGGUACUCAUUUUCUAUUUCCUUUUUGA